AUGAUGGACAACAAUUCCAGUGCCCCCACUAUCCCAGGUGCUGGGUCGCUCCCCCCGCCAUUUGACCAGGUUGAGAAUCAUCUCGGUCAGGCUAUUGUCAUCGCUGUCGAUCAAGCUGUCGCUCGCGCUACGUCUGAAACUUGGGAUGCAAAGCUCCAAACCAUGCGAACUCAGCUCGCCAACGAACUUACUGUCGCUAUCAACGACGUCGUUCACAACGCUCUCAAGGGCCCUCUCGAGGAGUGGCUGAAGGAUCGCAAGUCCAUGGAUUUUCGCCUUCGAAACCUUGAAGCCGCCCAGCGCUAA